AUGGAACAAGCAAUUCCUGCUAAGACUAAGGACUAUGAAAGCAACUUCCACGUCAUGACUUCUUUACCAAUGAUGAUAUUUCUUGUAAUUCUGCUGCUUCCAUCCAUGCCCACGGAAGGCAGGGUUCUGACACAGACUCAAAAACCAUCCACUAUAUCUACUGACCACAAGACAAACCAGGAGACUUUCUUGGAUAAGACUGAAGACAAUGGAAAACCAGGAAAACCAAGCAUCAAAGAGGUCUAUGAUAUGGUCACCUGUGCCUUUAAUCAAGACAAAACAUUGCUUGAAGAUCAGUCCAAUUCUGAUCAACACAACUCAUAUCUGUCUCAAUUAAUGACGAACCUGGACAAAUGUGGUGCUCAGAAAUAUAAAGUGGCUGAAUACGUACCAGAGGAUGGCUUUGGUGGGCAUGAAUGGGGGGAGGGGCCCUUGAUCCUAAGAUGGCUCGAUAACCCAGUAUAG